AUGAUAGACUGGAACUCCCCAAUAGCACUAAAGCUCAGAGAAGUGACUAGCCGCGUUCAUAAAUCUAAAUCAUGCAACUGCCGGGAUAUACCUCUGGGAGGUUGCAGCGUCCUUAGACUUCGAAUGGUCUUACUUGACAAGAAAGAGAAAGCUCCGUUUCCAAUUAUCGUUUAUUUCCUGACUCGUUAUCUGGCCUUGGCGAGCACGAUUGGAAGUCCGAUAUCGUUGAAUGUCAAGUCAGGACUUAACUGUCAGGCAUUAUAUCGAUCCAUCCAGGUAGUAUCGGGUGGUUCUAUUGGCAUGGCCACUAUCAGCUUUGCUCUGAGAACUUUCCAGCGCAGCCUACGAGUUGAACGUUCCGUUUGA